AUGAGUUCGCCGACGGAUCACACGUGGGAUUUUGUUAUUGUCGGGGGGGGGCCGGCUGGUUGCGCCCUUGCCUCGAAUCUUGCUCGUUCCGCUAAACGCCCACGAGUCCUGCUGCUGGAAGCGGGUCCUCGAAACGAGGAUCUUUCUCUGCGCGUGGAUGGUCAGCGAUGGGCGACUUUCCUCCAGACUGAUAUGAAUUGGGGUUACAAGACAACACCCCAGGAACACUGCAAUGGGCGACAAAUUGAUUAUUCGCGCGGCAAGGUACUUGGAGGCAGCAGUGCCAUCAACUUCGGCGUCUACACAGUGGGCGCCCGGGAUGACUAUGAUCAAUGGGCCACGCUCGUUGGGGACGAGACCUUUGGUUGGGAGCGCAUGAAGGCACGGUUCUGCGGGCUGGAGACCUUCGACGGCACCAUUGUCGACCCCAAACAUGCCAAGUAUGCUGCUCCCCAGACGAUCCAUCAUGGAUCUACCGGUGGAUUGCGAGUGGGCUUUGCCCGUGAAUGGGAGCAGGAUCUUCCGCUUAUGCUGGACGUGUUCGAGCAGGCGGGUCUGGCUCGAAACCUGGAUCACAACUCGGGCGACCCGAUCGGCAUGGGCUUGAUCAUCAACUCAUCCCAUCAAGGCCGCCGAGUGACCGCGACGGAUCUUCUUGAGGGGGCGCCCGAUAACUUGACGGUUAUCACCGAAGCGCCCGUGCAACGAGUGAUUUUGGAGGGUCUCAAAGCUGUAGGCGUAGCAUCCAAUGGGAGACAGUAUUUGGCGUCCCGCGAAGUGAUCCUCACCGCAGGCUCGUUGGACACGCCGCGCAUCCUGAUGCAUUCCGGUCUCGGACCGGCCGAACAACUUCAACAAUUCCACAUUCCCGUGCGGAAGGACAUCUCCACCCUGGGCAAGGGUCUACGUGACCAUUUCUUCGCCCCGCUGUGCUUCAAACGCGACCCCGCGACCAACGACCGCAAUGCGUUCUUCGGCGACCCUGCGGCCAUGAAAAGCGCCAUGGCCCGGUGGAAUCAGGACGGCACGGGCCCUUGGGCGCGGCAUUCGUGUCAGAUUGCUGCCGGCUGGCUCAAGUCCGACCGGCUGAUGCGAACGAGGGAGUUCCAAGCUCUUCCGGCGGACGUGCAAGACUUUAUGCAACGUAAGACGGUGCCUCACUACGAGUUCCUCACGCACUUCCCUCUGCAUCUCGUGGCGCCGGAGUGGCCACCGGAUUACAGCUACAUCUGUAUGUUGGUGUUCUUAAUGAACGAGCAAUCCAGCGGUGAGGUCCGCCUGCAAUCCUCCGACCCCAACGUGCCGUUACUGUUUGACCCGAAAUUCCUGUCGCACGAGUUUGACCGCCGUGCGUGCAUCGAGAUCUUCCGACAUGCGUUGGAGGUGACGCGCCACCCGGCGUUCCAGAAGGACGUGGUUGAGACGGUGAUUGCGCCGGCGUCGGACUCAGACUCGGACAUUCUGGAGCAUUGGAAGAACACGUUGGGAUCGAGCUGGCACAUGACGGGAACGGCGAAGAUGGGCGGACGGGGGGAGAGGGACGCGGUGGUGGACAGUCACUUCCGACUGUUGGGGGUGGACAAUCUUCGGAUCGCGGAUAUGAGCGUGGUGCCUGUGUUGACCAACAACCACACGCAGGCGACUGCGUAUGUGACGGGGGCGACGUGCGGAGAUGUAUUGGUGGAGGAGUACAAUCUGAACCGGGAGGUAGCCAGACUGUAA